AUGGCUAUGUUGAGGGGUCCUAACAGAUCCAUAGCAGAGAACAAGCUGAGUCCGCGUUUUAUGGGGCCGUUUCCAGUAGUGGAACGAGUUGGGCCAUUGGCGUACAGGCUGGAGUUGCCUGAGAUUAUGAAAGCCUUUCACAAGGUUUUUCAUGUGUCGAUGCUGAGGAAGUGUCUUCACCCUACAGAGGAGUUGGUGGCUAGGAUUCCAGAGGAUCUUCAGCCAGAUUUGACAGUGCCGGCAGUGCCUGUGAGGAUUUUAGAGAGGAGGGAAAAGGUUCUGAGGAACAAGAGGAUUCCCUUACUGAGGAUUUUGUGGGAUUGCAGUGGUUCUACAGAGGAGACUUGGGAGCCAGAGGCAAAGAUGAAGUUGAAGUUCAGGAAGUGGUUCGACAAGCAGGUCGAGGAGUCUAAAGACGUUCCAGGGAGAGCUUUGGUCACAUGGACCAACAGGAGAAAGCAGGCAAAACGGAGCAGAAGGAGCUCGAUCGACUCCGCACAAGGUCGAUCGAACCUGUACACGAGACCAAGCUCGAUCGAUCCCAUCACACGUACAGGGUCGAUCGAUGCAUGCAUUGAGAGGCAGCUCGAUCGAACCCCUGUCGACGACCACUCGAUCGAUCCCAUUGCAGAAGCAAGCUCGAUCGAUCCCAUGCAGAGCAAGCCAGCUCGAUCGAUCCCGUUCUAUCUCAGCCGUCCGAUCAAUCCCGGUCAGAUGAUAUCACAGCCGUUCGAUCUACUUGGUGCAAACCGACUUGAUCGAACCACAGCGAACCGGAUUGAACCGAAGUCGACCCCGGAGCUAUUUAGACCUAUCUUUAGCCAUUGUUUAGGCUACGCCGUUUUUCAGAGUUUUACACUGUUGUUCAUUGUUUCCGAGGGAGAAGAGAUCAAACCUCUGUUUUCACAGUUUGGAGAAGAUUUCUGA